AUGAGUGUAACGAAGGAAGUAGUACGCAAACUCAAAGAAGUCUCCAACAGUUUACGGGACAUCGAAAACAUAUUGCGCGAACAAAAAUGCGCGAAUCGCUCGUCAGACGACACCAGCAGCGCGUGCGCGUGCGACCGUCUGCGCGACCGCGAUUCGUCGUCCUCCGGAGCAACGCUCGUCGGACGGCCCGGCCGUUAUUCAAACGGCCUCGCCGAAACGGGCCGUACGAAAUGCGGACAACGGCACGACAGACCGCGCGGAGGAUCGGGCUGGGCGGAAAACCGCGGUGCCGACGGUCGGCGGAAACCCCGUGGGAAAACGUGCGACUCGAGCGUUUACCGCGAUUCGAAGGGCGGCAAGUGCGACGAGAAAACCGCGAGUCGCGAUGUCUGCGGACGGAGAGAAAGGGACCGCGAUCAGAUCAGGUGCAAGUUGAACGACAUCAAGCAGAAGUUCAUCACGUUUUUCGACGAAGAAGUCGGCAACACGUUAAGCGAACACGACAACUGUUGCGACGGCUGA